GUGUGUCACUUGCUAUCUUUUUUUAUCGCGCGUCUCCUUCCAAGCUUCCAACACCUAGACCUGUUUGAAAGAGUGGGUGUGGUCCUUGGUAACUGAUAAUAUGUUGCAAUCGACUGGGAGCGGCGGAGCACGCCGGUAGCCGUUAACUAUGCGGGUCUCGGUCCCUCACCUCAACAGUGAUAAACGGACAACCAUGUAACAUAAGGAGGCCUCUAAACAAACCAAAGGAGUUUACCCACAAUAUAUAGUUACCCGUUAGAGUGUAUAUGGUUACGAUCGGUAUCUGUAACCGUUGAUAUUGCCAUCGUACGGUAUUGAGCUGGAUUUGCGGGCAUUGGCGCUAUCUAACAAGGGUUCUCCAUACUUUGUAUAACACGCCAUCAUGAGUGGAAAGGUGGUAGAGAAGAAGGUCUACUUGGGCACAUUUGCCCAUAGCAAGAGUUUGAAGGAGCUGGAGAUAGCACACGAUGCUGCCAUUUUUGUGGACGAGACCGGCAAGAUCGUGGCCGUCGAGAGGGGCGUCGCCGACGAAGCGGCGGCGAAGAGCUUCUUCCCCAAGCUGAACUGGAGUGAUAGCCAGGAGAAGCCGAUCCAAAUCAUCAAGUCCAAAGAAGAGCAAUUCUUUUUCCCAGGCUUCAUAGACACCCACAUCCACGCCUCGCAAUACCCCAACGCGGGCAUCUUCGGCAAGUCCACCCUCCUCGACUGGCUAAACACCUACACCUUCCCCCUGGAAUCCUCCCUCUCCGCCCUCCCCACCGCCCACCGCGUCUACGCCCGCGUCAUCGCCCGCACCCUCUCCCACGGCACCACAACCGCCGCCUACUACGCCACCAUCUCCGUCCCCGCCACCAAUCUCCUCGCGGACCUCUGCCUCGCCGCCGGCCAGCGCGCUCUCAUUGGGCGCUGUUGCAUGGAUUCGCUCGCGCCGGACUACUACCGCGAUGCUGGGCCUGAGGAGAGCAUCGCGGACACGCGGGCGACAAUUGCGCAUAUCGCCUCCAUCGACCCUACGCACGCGAUUGUCAAGCCGAUCAUCACCCCACGCUUUGCACCCUCGUGCUCGAGUCAGCUGCUGAUGGGGCUGGGGAAGCUGCAGAAGGAGACGGGAUUGCCAGUGCAGACGCACAUCUCGGAGAAUAAGCGCGAGAUCGACCUCGUCGCGCAGCUAUUCCCGGAAUCGAAGAGUUACGCCGAGGUCUACGAUUCCCAUGACUUGCUGGGGCCGAAGACGGUGCUGGCGCAUGCGGUUCAUAUCACGGAUGAGGAGAGGGCGCUGAUUAGAGAGCGUGGGGCGGGGAUUAGCCAUUGCCCGGUUAGUAACGCGGCGCUGUCGAGUGGGAUGGCGGCAGUGAGGACGUGGUUGGAUGAUGGGAUUAAUGUCGGCUUGGGCACGGAUUCGCAACCUGGCGAUGGGGGAGGCGGGGGAGGAGGCGGAGAGGAGGAAGUUGAGCGUGGAGGAAGCGCUGUAUUUGGGGACUCUUGGGGGGGGAAGGUUGUGGGGAUGGAGGGGAAGGUGGGGGCGUUUGAGGUGGGGAUGGAGUGGGAUGCGCAGCUGGUGGGGAUGGAGGGUGUUGGGGUGGAGGGGGGGUUUGAGGGGGGUGAUGGGGGGCCGGUGGAUAUCUUUGGGUGGGAGAGCUGGGAGAAUAAGCUGGCGAAGUGGGUGUUUAAUGGGGAUGAUAGGAAUACUUUGGCUGUUUGGGUUCGGGGGAGACUGGUGCACCAGCGGAGAUCUUGA